AUGGAUAAGGUUACCUUGAGGCCCUGGUUUGAUGCUCUGACCUAUACCCCCACAAGGCUGUAAUUAUACUGGAAGAAGUUUGCAGGCUUUAACUGCAUAUUUCACUGCAUGGGCUUUCAGGCUUCUUUUCCUGCUUUGCUCCCCGACCUGGAGCUAGAUGCUACUAUCAACCCCCCUUUUAUGAUGCAAUAAGAGAAAGUGGCUGAGACCUGGUCUGGGACAUUGCUAUUUUAGAAAGAAGUUGAAACUCAAGACUUGGCAACAAGUGUCAAGGAAAGGUUUGGGGCUUUGCUAAAGGGGAAGGAUUCUGGCAGGGGUCACAGAAGCAAAAAGGAAUAUAAAUCUUUUACCUUCAAAUAUAUUUUACAACCAAGGGAACUAAACUUGAGACCUCACAGCACCAUGACUGAGAUCACUGCUGAAGGACGGGUGUCUGCCACCACCACAACUGUGACAGACAACAAGAAUGGAACCAUUCUGAAACCCUCAGCUAAUGUGCCAAAAAAAUCUGUGGCUGACGACUUAGUUUCAACAUUCAGCUCCCCUACAGUAUGGUUGCUUGUUGUAGCCUUAAUUGUCACCUGGUCGGCUGUUGCUGUUGUCAUGUUUGAUUUAACCGAUUACAAGAGUUAUGUUGGAGGUAUAACUAAGCUCGGCUCUGACCCAAUGAAAGUCAUAGACGAAGUGGUGGAAGUGUCCACUAACUGGAUUCACGGUGCCAUGUCGUUACUGUCUGACAUGAUAACGCCUGACGAUGAUGAUGACGAAGGUGAAACCGAGCAUCCACUGAAGAGGAGAGGUGAAGCUCAUCCAUCUAAGCAGAAAGUAAUGAAUAAAAACACCAAAGAAACAAAUGAAAGAAAAUCAAGGGACGUAAAGAAAGCACCACUAAAAGAGGCGAGAAAGGUUAAAGUCACCAAGGCAGAGGAAAAGACAAAGAAGGCAGCAAAACCAGAAAAGAAAGUAGAGAGAGCCAAGAAAGAAAUCAAGGAAGUGGAAAAAGCAAAGCCCAAAGCCAAGUCGAAGGAGGAGACACCCUCAAAGACAGAAUCGAAAGAUCAGUUUGAGUUCUGUCGCUAUGUGGUUGACUUGUAUACACAUGAGGAUGUUUCUUCAGGGGUAGAAACAGCUCCAGGCCUGCCUAAAGGAAGCUCCACACCAAAGAAGCGAGCAGCACCUGCUGUGGAAGAGAGAAAGCCUGUUGUCAAGCCAGUGCAAGUAAAAAAAGAAGAACCUAAAAAGAAGCCAUCCCAAGAACCUAGAAAGAAGCUGAACCCAGAAAUUGAAAGAUCAGCAAAAGAUAAACCAAAAGCUGGAACCUCCACAGCAAAACCCAAAGCUCAGAAAGCUGCUCCUCCUUCAGCAAAAGAACCAGUUGAAAAGAAACCUGCCGCAAAGCCAAAAGAAACUAAAAGUAAACCAGAAAAGGUUGUAAAGAAAGAAGUUAGAACCCAGAAGGAGAAAGUUCCUGUUCAUGUGGAAAAUGAAAAGUCAAAAGCUAAAGGAAAAAAGACAGCAAAAUCAGAAGUGGUCAAAGAAAAAGCUAGUCCAUCACCUACAAAGAAAGCUCAAAAGGAAAAAACUAAAACAGCAAAGCCUGAAGUUGAAAAACAAAAAUCCCGCCCAGCACAAACAAAGAAAGUAUCGCAGGCAAAGAAGGAAGUAAAGUCUUCAAAAGCUGCAGAACCAGUCAAAGCAUUGAAAACUGAAGAACACAAAGAAUCAAAACGUGAAAAGGAGAAAGAAAAACCUGCAGCUGUUCCUAGGGGAAAAGAGCCUGAAGCUAUAAAAGAUGAAAAGUCUGCUAAGACAGUCAAAAAAGCCAGAGGAAAAUCCUCAAAAGAAAAGGUGCAGGAAGUCAAACCUCUUCCUCGUGCUGCUGAAGCCAAGCCAACAAGAAGCCACCCUCCAACAAAGACACCACCACCAACGAAAGCACCCCUUCCAAAGAAACUAGCUGAGGCAGAGAAGACACAUGCUAAAGAGGAAAAAGUAAAAGAUCUUAAAUCUUUGAAACCAACAAGUAGCAUGCCAUACUUCCAAUGCAUUUUUGUCGAUGGAAGCAAUGGCUACUCCUUCACACACAUGCAGAGUCUAUCUGUGAUCCCCAAAUCAUCAGAAAAGAAGACACAGUCCCCAGGACAGUAGGACAUAAGAGACCAAGGGAUUGUGGAAAUUUUGCACUACAGACCUUGCCCUGAGGUUUGCCCAGUGUGAUCCAAGUGGAUCGAGUGAAUCUUGAGAGGUUUUUACUGUUUGAAAAUACAGGAGGCUGGGUGGAUGAAGUUUUUUCUAGAAAAGAUCUAAAGCUUUUUUGGCUGUGGUGCUAAUUUGGUGUUGCAUUUUUUUUCUGUCUUUACCCGUCAGUGUUUCCUGUUUAAUUCCAAAAGUAGUUCAAUUUCACUGUAUAUUAUUGUAAGUGCAGCCUCUUGCUUGCACAGUUCUAAUAUUACUGUACAGAACUGUAGAAAGAAAUAAUACAAUCAUACGAUUAUAACAGUGGGUAUACGACAGCUGGUGGUGUUCUUCUGACCAGGACUUAAUUUCAAUUUUGAUGGCUAUUUAAUUAGAAAAAAGCACAGAAAAGAAAUAGAUUUAAAAAAAAAAAAAACUUCAUCAGGUGAGAGGCUGUGUAGGUGAUGAGUCUGCCUCUUGAGGUGACUUCUGCUUGUAAAACAUCUCUAUCUUAAGUUUUGUGGUUAGAUUUUAAUUCUGUAUUGUAAAUUACUUCUCUUAAUGCUGUACAUCACUGUGAACUGUGCCAUCUGUGGUUGUUUUUAAAUGAACAGCAAGUUUUAUUUCACUUAUGAUACCGUAUUUUACAAAAAUACUUAUACAUUAAAAAUAUGGUUUAUUUUGCACAACCUGCGAUAGUUAAGGACCAGCCAACCAAUAGAGAUACUGUGAAUAGGUAUUUCAACUUCUAAGAUUCUCAUAAUAUACAGACAGGUGUCCGAGAAAGCUUUCAGUUACAUCGCACAAAGGCAGUGUUGCGGUGCCAGUGCAAGCUCUUUGUAAGCUCUAUCCUAAUUCAAUGAGAAUUGUUGGUUCAGUUUAGCACAUUGAAACUGUGAGGCCUUUACAGUAGGUGAUGUUAUGGCUGUCUCUUUCUGUUGUUGUUUGCAGUUGUAAAUAUAUCUUGAAGUGCUGUCUUUUUGCUUUUUAUGCCUUUCCAAUGUGGUGAAAUUUAAGUUUUUGUGUAAAAAUUUAAACAUUUUAUUUGCAGUUUCUUACUUGACGGGUUGCAGACAAAUAGCUAUAUCAAGUAUUUUAGAUUAUUUUGCACACAGGAAAAACUGGACAGACAGUGCUAGGCUUUGCAAACUCCUGGAAGCAACACUGAUAAUAAUGAAAUAAAACUGUGGAGCUGUUUAUCCAGGCAGUUUUUCAUUUUACAACUUUAUAUAUCUAAACCAUCUAUGUCUUACAACAUAGUUGCUGUAUUACAAUAGCAUAUAUUGCAUGGUUAGUUUGAGGUACAAUUUAAAACAAUAGACUUAGCAAUAUUUUACUGCAACAGUUUCUGAGCAUUAUAAGAUGAGCUUGUAUUCAUUGCAUAACCAAAAUAUUUCAUGUCAUUAUUCUACACUGUAAACCAGCCUAUGGGGAAAAUUGUUACCCAUUGAUUUCAAACCAAAUGUAUCUAAAAGCCUAUCCAUGUGCAUGGCUUGAAAAAAGUCUGGCAUUGCUUCUUUGUCUAGAGGGAAAGCUGUUUCCAUUAAAAUGUUAUAUAAAGA